AUGGUAAUGCCGCCGCGCCGCCAUGUUGUUUUCAGCGUCAAGGACGUCGACGAUCCUCCGACGAAUCGCGUCAUCGUGACGCACACAGGUCAGGUCAGAUACCUGACGUACGCGAUCUAUGAGAGCUCGUGUAACCUCGACGUGCGCUACUUCCCGUUCGAUGCCCAGCGCUGCGAGUUGCUCUUCACCUCCUGGUCACUGACGGUCAGUUAUCUGGACCUGCAGCCCGAGCCGGACACGGCGGCCGGCGUCGGCUACUUCGUCGCGCACGAGCAGUGGCAGCUGGUCGCCUUCGAAGUACGACGCGAGGAGCAUUCAUACGUCUGCUGCCAGCGUCCCUUCGCCGAGCUGUACUACACGCUGCGUCUGCGCCGUAAGCCUCUCUUCUACCUCUUCAACAUAGUUGCACCGAGCAGCGUCAUCGUCGUCAUCGCCACUGUCGGCUUCUUCACGCCGUCGACGAACGAGGGUGAGCGGAAAGAGAAAGUCAGCAUCGGCAUCGUCACGUCUCUGUCGAUGACAAUGCUGCUGGUGGCGAUGUCAGAGACGCUGCCGCCGACGUCACGGGUCGUGCCCCUGCUCGUCGCAUAUUUCGGACUACUCAUCCUGCUGACCAGUGUCGCUACACUCGUCACCGUGCUAGUUAUGGGCAUCGACGCCAGGUGCUACCGUCGGCACCCAUUCCCGCGAUGCCUGCGCCCUCUGCUGUCGCUACUCGCCGCCGUCACGUUCGUCGACGUGUCGCACGCCGACGGCGACCACGCGGACAACGCCGACAAGGUAACAUCGCCGGUAGGAGGCAGCACGGGCGCGAAAGUCGGGGAUGUGAGAAGGCGACAGAAGCAGGGCCGAGGGUGA